CUCCCGCCUGCAUCUGCUGGAUCAGCUCUCACUCCCUGCACACACACACAUACACACACAUUCACACACACAUGCACACUUCCACGCUCCCUCUCACACACUUUUACACAUACACUACCAGGGGGAUUCCUCCACCACUGCAGCCUCUGCUCGCUCCACCUGGCUCCUGUCUUGCACCGUGGGGGGAAAGCACGAUCCAAAAUGACUUUUACUAAAUGGCCACUGGUCGGAGCUUAGUGCUGAUCCGUCGGAGAGCACUAUGAGUAGAUGACAACAAGCAGGAUCUAAUCCAGAAAGGAUUCCUCAUCUCUGUGCUAAGAGUCUACUAACUGUGUUUAAGGGCAACUGGGAGUACAAGAAUCAAGUCAAGGACACGCUUCCUCCCCCUCAGCCUGCAGGAAGAUGGGAGUGAGAAAAUAAAGCUCUGUGGAGUCAAGAGGAGCUUAAUGAGUUCUAAGGAAUCUUAAAACAAACUGCAUCUGUGUAUGUCUGUUUGAGAGGAUCAGGCAACCAUGUGGACAUUAGCUGCGACUGUCCACUGUCUCCUGGCUGCUGCGAUGCUACUAGCUAGCUGCCUCCAAUCGCUGAUGGCCACUGAGGACGACGUCACACCGCGCAUCAGUUUCUCCUACAAUGCAAAGGAGAGGUCGGCCAAGAGAUUCUCCGUGGACGGCGUUUUCAAUUACACCUCCCUGCUGCUCAGCCAGGAGGACGACAUGCUCUACGUCGGAGCCAGGGAGGCGCUGUUCGCCCUCAGCCUGUCGGACAUCAGUAAAGCCAAGCUGCAGAAGAACCUGACGUGGGGCACUCCUGCUGGAAAAAGAGAGGAGUGCAGCUUCAAAGGGAAGGACCUGGAGACUGAUUGCUUCAAUUACAUCAAAAUCCUCCUGCGGCUGAACAGCACUCAUCUCUAUGUGUGUGGCACUUACGCCUUCAGCCCUAUCUGCGCCUACAUUAACACGUCAACGUUCACGCUGGAGAGAGACGAAGUGGGCGAGGUCGUGAUGGAAGACGGGCGUAGCCGCUGCCCCUUUAAUCCAGAGUACAAAUCCACUGCCAUCAUCGUUGAUGGUGAACUGUACACCGGUACUGUCAGCAACUUCCAAGGGAACGAGCCAGUAAUUUACAAGAGUUUGGGUCAGGGAACCGCUCUGAAGACGGAGAACUCUUUAAAAUGGCUGCAAGAUCCCGUCUUUGUCGGGUCAGCUUACAUCGAGGAGAGUCAGCCGGUAGGCAACCCCGUAGGAGACGACGACAAGAUUUACUUCUUCUUCAGCGAGGCGGGGAAAGAAUUUGACUUCUUUGACAACACCAUUGUGUCGCGGAUUGCUCGCGUGUGUAAGGGUGAUCGAGGCGGCGAGCGCGUGCUGCAGAAGAAAUGGACGACCUUCCUGAAGGCCCAGCUCCUCUGCUCCCUCCCGGACGACGGCUUCCCCUUCAACAUCAUCCAGGAUAUGUUUGUCCUGAAGCCCAUGGGAGACAGCUGGGAGAGCACCGUCUUCUACGGCGUCUUCACCUCCCAGUGGUAUAAAGGAGCAUCUGGCAGCUCGGCAGUGUGUGCUUUCACCAUGGCACAGGUGGAAAGAGCCUUCAGCGGGCGCUACCGAGAGGUCAACCGGGAGACACAGCAGUGGUACACCUACAACCAUCCAGUGCCAGAACCACGGCCCGGGGCGUGCGUGACCAACCACGCCAGGCAAAUGGGUAUCCAAUCGUCCUUGCACAUGCCCGACAAAGUAUUAAACUUCGUCAAGGACCAUUUCCUGAUGGACAGUGUGAUCCGCAGCGCUCCCCUGCUGCUGAAACGCAGCGUCCGCUACACACAGAUCGCCGUGCACAAGAUCCAAGGCAUGGAGAGGGCCUACGACGUGCUCUUCAUCGGAACAGAUGAUGGAAAGCUCCAUAAAGCCAUCAAUGCCAAUGAUAAAAUGCACAUCAUAGAGGAGAUGAUUCUGUUUCCCGAGCCUCAGCCGGUGCAACACAUCGAACUCGAUCCUCAGAGGGGUCUGUUGUUUGUGUCGUCCAACUCUGGGCUGGUGGAGGUUCCCGUGGCAAACUGCUCCAACUACCUGAGCUGUGGGGAGUGUGUGCUGUCCCGAGACCCGUACUGCGCCUGGACCGGGCAGCUGUGCCGGGACGUCAGGAUGGCUCCACCUGACAGUCACUGGCAGCAGGAUGUGGAGGAGGCCGACACAUCAGCGAUCUGUAACAGGACGAUCCCCAGCACCAGAGCUGUCAGACCAGCAGCUUCUCGUGGCUCCCAAUGCAAGCUCAUCACACUCCCAAUCAACACCUUCAAAGUCCUGCCCUGUAAGCGGCGAUCCAACCUGGCCCAGAGGAGGUGGCGUUACAGUGACACGGCCAGCCAGUUCCUCUACGCUACUCCAGAGGGAAACCUGGUGGUGGUGGCUCAUGCAGACAAGAUGGAGACCUACGAGUGCUGGUCGGAAGAGGAGGGUUUCCGCCAGCUGCUGGCCAACUACUGUGUGAAGGCGGAGCCUCGUCAGGAGAGCACCACUCUGAUUGGUCACUCGCGCACACCACACAUUAAGAGAGAGGAGACCAUCAUCCUGCCGGGCGAGUCUCGCUCGGAGCAGGUCCUCCACACCAAGACGUACUGGAAUGAGCUGAUCGUGGUUUGCGCCCUGCUGGCCUUUUCCCUCGUGGUGUUCUCCUUGUUCGUCAUCUACAGGAACCGAGAUCACAUGAAGUCCAUGCUGAAGCAAGGGGAGUGCCCUAACAUGCAGCAGAAGAAGCCGAGGAUUGUGGGAAAGCCUGCUGAGAGCUUACCCUUAAACGGUAACACCAUCCCCGUUUCCACUUCUGAUCACAAGGGCUACCAGACGUUAAACGACAACUACAUCUGCAGCACGCCCACACACGAGUCCUCGCCAGACAACAGCAAGAGCUUCUCCGAGGCCUCAGACAGGCGGCCGCUUAAUGUGAAGGAGAGCCACGUGGAAUAUUCCCCGACCUGCCCCCGACCCAGAGUGAGGCUAGGCUCAGAGAUCAAAGACUCCAUCGUAUGAGAGCGCACAGUGUUCGCUCAAAAGCUGCCACCCCGUAUCUCCAUGAGGGAUACAGGCCACCGAGCAAAGGAGAGGAGACCCUGACAUCCCUCUACAUCACAGCACAUCCUUUAUUUUAGUCAUCUUUUGUUCUGUGAUCAAUGCAGAGGUCAUUUCUUUAACCAUUUCCACUCCGAAGCCAGAGGUUGGUCUGGUGCGAUGCAUAGUGCAGGACCAGGAUCAACAGUCCUGGCAGCUGCUCAGAAUAUAACUCUUUGUCAUUCUCACGGCCACUGAUGUGUGUGAGGCUGGGCAAUAUGAGGAAGAAAAAACACCACAGUAACUAGAAGAUCUUCUUCUGAUAUCAAUAUCCAUCACCCUAUUACUUAAGGUAUGCAAGAUCCAACAUUAAAUUGUCUAGUUAAUGUCCAUUAAAUGAUAUUAUAAAAUAACUUAUGAAUAUUGAUAGGUUUCCCGGCCUUAUUUAAGUACAUGUAACCUAACACAUGCUCUGCAGAAGAGCUUCUAUUAUUAUGCACACUAAAACCAAGCGACAGCUACACGGUGACCAAGAGUUCAGAUUUGGGAGAAUAUACUACAUUUUUUGCAUCGUUAUGGAAGUCAAGAGCACAUUUGUUCCCUUUUUGCUGAAUAAAUGCCACGAGUGUAUGAGGAUAAGGAUGACGAGAGAUGAGGCUGAUCAGGGGAAGAGGCCACAUGCUCUUGGAAAAAAACAUUUAAAAGGACUAUCACUAAAAGAAAGAUAUGCUCCAGGGCCUAAAUACUGACAUUUACCUCCUGAAUGUAUGUUGUUGUUCAAAGGAUCAUUCACACAUCACCGCACCAUGGACAAUAGGGACCCCGUUGCUCUUCAUCUCAGAGUCAGCCCUUUUCUUCAGUAUUAACCUGCAGGUACCACGAUGGGCUCAGAAAUUAAGUAUGGAAAAGAGACCUGACAUUGUUACGUCAGUCAAGGCGGACAUUACAAGCACAGAGCCAAGAAAAAAAAUAAGGAGACGUCCGCAUCCCCACCAUCGUCAGGGCAGCACCAAAAUCAUCAUGUGCACUGUGCCAAAAAAACAACUUGAUUGUCUCAUCUUAAAUGCAAUAGUGCCAUUCUGUUAUGACCACUCCCAUGCUUUGUGUUUGCAUUGAUCACUGUCGAAGAGCACAUGGUGGAGGAACCAGACGUGGGUUUCACAAAAGUGGCACUAAUAAUAAACAAAUGUGAAGUGCACAGUUGGACAUUUCUCUAAGACUGUUAGCUCACAACGAACUUUUCAGACUGUGUUGAGCAAAAAUAAUUUACGUUCAUGGAAAAUUGGGCCAAAGGAUGAAGGUUUCUUCAUGUGAACGCUUGACUCGCGUUAGUCAGUUGAGAAAAUAUUCCAGUUUUUCCUUUAGCUACCCUUAAGGGAGAUAUUUGCCUUCUUACUAUACACUGAAACAUACAGGUACAACAAGCUUGACGAGCGCUACAAACACAAACUGUUCAUCUAAGCACCAAUAACUCCAACAGAACAACCAUUAAUAACUGUCACUGUAGUGAAUGGAUAAUAUCUUAUCUUUCCCACAAUGCAGCUGCACUAUGUAGUGAUGUAGUUGCAUAGAGCGCUGUACAAGCUCAAUAUAACUCCCCCGCCUCCCCAGCAGGAUACAUUUCUAACAUACGUGGCGUUCCCUCCACUCAGUCAGAUGUCAUUGCGACGGUAAUGUGAAAGCACAAGUAAUCAGGGUCUUGAAUACCUACAGGUUUGCACGUCAGUAAAAAUCAGAGCGUACUCUUAAGAAAUGCAACUACUGAGAGACAUGAGGUGUAGCUGCUGAGGAAAACGAUUUGUAGAAAUUACAGGGACCAGUGCAGCCAUGACGAACACAUUGCACCCACAAAGCUUGGACUUUUGAGACUUAACAAGCAGAAUUUCCCAAAGAUGUAGGAUGCUGACUGUGUUGUGUAAAUCUGAAAGAGAAGCAUUUACACAGCCACAGAGACAAUAUGGCAACACAUGUCUUAGAAUACAUCACCAUCUCACUGUAUUGAACAAAUAAGCCUACAGUAUAUAUUCCAGUAUCAAACAGAAUAAACAUUUUUGCUAUGAACAACACUGAGCAGAUGACGAAGUGUUAUGUAACUGCUCCAAGUUGACAAAGUAAUUGCACAGCAUACUGCGCAACAGUGGUCAGUGUUUCCUUUACGUUAGUUUUUGUUGUGUAUAUACAGUAUCUGUGCUUAAUAUUGUGUGUUUUUCAAGGGACCUUGUGCAAGAUGUGUUGUAGAGAUAGUCUUUAAACUAGAGAGUGAACACUGCUGAUAUUUUGUUUUCAUAGUGCUUUGCUGCCGACUUCAGCAAACAUUUCCAAUCUUGCACAGAAGACAGUACAUUUCUUACCAUGCUGUUAGAUCAGCACACGGGCUGGUUUUCAUCAAGCAUGUCAAAGCAGGAGGAGUUUCUGUUUAUAUUUGUCAAACUCAAUUAGAGGUGUAGUGUGAUAGAGUAGGAAUUAUAAGCAUUAACUUUCUUGCUGAGUCAGAUGAGAAGAUGGUUGCUUAGCUUAGCUUAGACCUAAAAUGAGGACAAGGGCUACCAUGGCUCGUGCAGUAACACCCUGACGUUGUGUUUAGGUUGCCAGAAAACCAAAUAGUAUGUUCUUUUGUGAACAUUACAGGGGCUGGUAGGAAUAUUUUGACACGUUUUGGAUCACAUAAGGCUAGACUGUCUCCUCAAUUUUCUAUUGUUUGUGCUAAGCGAAGUGGUUGUUGGCUUGUGUUCACCAUGAAGACAUCAGUUAUCUUCUCAUCUUACUCUUUGCAUGGAAAACAAAUGCGCACAUUUCUCAAACAGUCUACCUUCUCCUUUAAUCUUUUUUGCUGAGGCUAACCAAAUAAACAAGAGUCAAGCCUUUUCCAGCAGAUGCGUAACAAAAAUAUCAGCCUCUAAAAGCCUUGGCCCCGAGCAUUGUUUGACAUCACAGCUAAAUCAGAUUUUCUGAACUAUAUAACGUCUCUCUGGAGACAGAAAACCCUGCUUUCAGAUGCUUGGUGAUAACCUCACUGCAUAUUUUCAAAAUGCCUUUAGAUGAAGUUGUUCUGCCUUUAGCCACGUGCCACACCGUGCUCUACCCAGCAGUGACCUCACCACCGGAGAUGUGGUGAAGGGCGUGAUUGUAGCCCUCCGUGGGCACACUUAACUCAACAACACUACACGGGUCAACAGUAGAUUUUACAAGCCACCAUUACCUGCAGACAAUAGGACCUGGAGCUGCUCAAAAUCUUGUACUAUUCUGCGCAUUGUGUCAGAAAUACUGUGCACAUAGAAACAUCUUUCUGUAGAGGUCAAUAUUUAAGAAAUAUACUAUUUGACCUAAUGCCAAUAAAAGUAUAUUUCAGGAAUGCAUAUUUAUUAACGACUAGCUUUUCACAAAAAAGUGAAUAAUAACCUGGUGAAUGAUGCUUUAUUUUGAGUGGCUCCUCAGUAAUGCAACAUACUGUACAGGACAUGAAUGUAGCCAACUAUACCAUGUUUUGUAGAGCAUCUACAGCGGUCUAUUUUCCUAGAAAGACCGCUUAAGUAGGCAAUCCAUUGCAACAUCAUAUUAGGAUUUUGUUCAAACAGUCAUACUACAAUGAAACAGCACAAUAGAAGUAAUUAAUCAUUUGUGCUGCUCGAUGUCGUACUGCUCUAAGAUGCAAGCACAGCUCCAAAUCCUUCAUAUCGGCUCAGCCAUGAGACACAGCGACUGCUUUGCCUCAGCGUACUGAACAACAUAAGCUUAGUCGACUGAAUAACUAUUAGACAAAUGUGGUCUUGCCUGCAUGAUUUCCUUUUUUAUUUGUUGUGUACAAAUAACAUUGUGAACUGUAUUUUUUGUAUCAUUGAGAUUGUGACUGUUGUUUUUAUUAUAUUGUACAUAAAAAGCACUUUAUUUUAAUUUUUUAAGAUAAAUGAAUAAAAUACAUGUUUUGAAAAAA